UCGCAACGUAAUACGGCGUUGUAUCAAAUCAUGUCGAUGUCUUCAUUGGGAUUUAAGCUUUAGCUGUAUCAAUUCAGCCUUACUGCUCGUGUGGACAUGAGGUAGUUAUGUCAAUGGAAUUGGAAAAAAGCAUUCCACUCAUAGAAAUGAAGAACAUGAACGGCGAAGAAAAAUCGUCAGUUGUGAUUACUCGUUCGAAGGCAAAAAGCUCUAUUACUUUGAAUCCAUUGAUUCGAGCAGUUCGAAGGGGCAUCUAUAUGACAGAGCAAUAUAUUGCUCAUAUAAAGGUGAUUGAAAACCUCAAAAUAACCGACAGUGAUCACCAUGGCAAAAAUAUAUUCCAUCUCAGUGCUCGAAAGGCAGAGCUUUUAGAAUUUCUUUUAAAAAAAUUUGAGAAGCAUAAACAACUUAAAGAAGCUCUUCGUCGUGAAGAUAUAGAUGGACACACUCCUGCGCAUAUCGCUGUGUUGCAUAAUCAAAGAAAGAGCAUACAAAUUCUGGCUCGUGUAGAACAGAAUAUAUACACGCUUCGUAGUUCAAAGAAUGGACGAACACUAAUGCACUAUGCAGUGGAUUCGUGCAAUCUCUAUAUUGUACAAGAUAUUCUACUUGCUCGACCAGAGUCCCUCUUUGACAUAGACAACGAUGGGAAAUCACCUCAGCAUUACGCUGCAGCUCUACCCGAAUGCAUUCUCUUGGACAUUUUCCUCGCACACGGUGCAAACAUUUUGGAUAUUGACGACAAUGGUUCAACUCUGCUUCAUACAGCCACUCAAGCUGGAUCUAUAUCAAACGUCAAACGUCUGAUUCACGAUGAAAUUACCCUGAUAAGUGCAACUGACGCUGAAGGAAGGACACCUUUACACAUAGCCUGUGCCAAAGGUUUUCGAAAAAUUGUGUCUUUUCUGAUAAAAAAUGAUGCUGAUCCACUAAUGAGAAAGACUGGUGGCGAAAACUGUCUGGACAUCGCUGUCUUCCACCAGCAAGAUCAAAUUGUUGAAGAGUUGUUACUCAGCCCAUACUGGAAAGAUCUGACUUCCGAGUGGAAGAAUGGGCCGAAAAAAUGCUCUGCUUAUCUUGUUGAAAAGAUGCCUAAUCAAGCCAAGGUAUUAUUGAACCGCUGUGUGGUGACAAGUGCCCACAAACCAAUCUCACCCGACUACUGUGUAACUUAUGAUUUUUUUCUUCUGGAUUCUGCAGGUUCCAGCCCCCCUGCAUUUGAUGGACUUAAAGCAAUCAUCAAGAAUAACGAAGAGCAGUGUUUGAUCCAUAAACUAUGUAGGAAAUAUUUGAGCAUUAAAUGGCGUGAAGAAGGAUGCCACAUUUUCUUGAUUGACCUACUCCUUUUUUUGUGUUUUCACAUAUCGUUUAACGUCUACGUUGCUUUGAUUCGCGGUGCUUUGGCAGAGGGACGUUUGCAUCCCCACGAAAAAGCCAGAAAUUCAACAACGCCGCGAAGUAAUUAUCCAAAGCCUGUAGCUUACCCUCGCGAUACUGGACCAGUUAUUGCCUCUUCAAUUAUUCUUAUUUUAACCUCAUUCAACAUUGUCAAAGAAUUUGUACAGAUGUACAGUUAUCGCUGGAAAUAUUUGAAGCAAAUUUCAAACUACUUUGAAUGGACUUUGUUUAUGUGCGUUCUAAAUUUCAUGUUACCCAUAAGAGAAACGAAGACCGAACGUCAGUUUGGUGCAGCAGCAAUUGCAAUCUGCAUUUCUUGGUUUGACUUUAUCUGGUUUCUACGAAGAGCUCCCGACGUUGGCACGUACAUUUUGACUUUGCAGAAGACGGCAAAAACUGUAUUGAAGAUGGUUACUUUAAUUUCGUUGUUCUGCAUGGCAUAUGCAUCGACAUUUUACAUCCUACUGGCUGAAGAACCGAGGUUUGAGAAUUUCCCAGUAGCUAUUCUGAGUACAUUUGUUUCGAUGCGUGGUGACUUCAGUUAUGACACUAUAUUCCUGGGAAAAGGUCGCUACGAGUUUUAUUCUCUGAAACUGUUCAUAUUCGUGUUUUUCUUAUUGUUGAUGGCAAUUGUAAUAAAUAACGUGUUGAUUGGCUUAGCUGUUGGAGAUACCCAGUAUGUGAUGAAAAUGGCCAAAGAAAAAAGACUUAAGCAACAGGUAAGUUUGUUGUUCUUGAUGAAGAAAAUUGCUUCUAUAGGUUAUAGGUAUGAUGAGAAAUCAAAAAAGAAGAAAAGGUUCAUUUAUAUUAAUAAACCACUAUUUUUGAUUCAUUGUUUGAUUUGUGUCCAAACUAUUUUCUCAUUCCAAUUUCAAUUUUUGUCUAAUAGCCGUUACAAGUAAACUCGCAAUCAUUUACAGCCUUACAAAUAAUACA